GCUGGAGGGUGGUGUUAGUAGAAUGUGAGUGGCGGGCGUGCGGAUGAACGAGUUGCAGACCGGGCAGCGGGCACAGCACAUAAUCCAGGAGGUCAGGAAGUAGACUUCUGUCUAGGUGCCGAGCACCUAGGUUACUUUCCCUAUCUCGGAAACUCGUUGAUUCGGGCUGAUAACAGUUUUGAAGUCCGAGGCAGUAACUUCAGAGCGAGGUGACCUUCAUUGAAUGCUUCCCUGGUCCAUUCUGCUAACUUUGGCCGUACAAAGACGGUGUAAACAGUAACUCCUCAUGGAUGUCGAGAGUGCCCCUCCCACACAUAAUAGUAAUGAAACGCGGAGAAUGGAAUUAACAUCAAUAGAAGUAAAUAACACGCAGACGAAUUCCAGGAGAUCAACAAGAAACUCAACAUGGCCGAAACAUCCCCCUUUUGAUGACUUUGAAUAUCCUUCACAAUUUGAUAGCCAACUGGAGUUUUUCCCACUUUGGCGAUUUCCUGUAAAGCUAGCUGGGGGAUUGUCCAUUGUUGUUUUUAUAUAUACUUUACUGAGAGAUAUCAUUCACCCCUAUUUAACUGAAAGCAAAAAUGUAUCCUACAAAAUUCCCAUUUUGGUCAUGAACAAAAUGCUUCCAGUAGUUGCCAUUAUACUUUUGGCUUCAGUGUAUUUACCAGGAAUUUUGGCAGCCAUUUUUCAGCUCUAUUUUGGUACCAAAUAUCGACGUUUUCCUCAGUGGCUGGCUCGUUGGAUGUUGGUACGGAAACAACUGGGACUCCUCAGCUUCUUCUAUGCUGUGCUGCAUGCAUUCUUCAGCCUUUGCUAUCCUAUGAGAAGAUCAUACAGAUACAAACUACUCAACUGGGCAUAUCAACAGGUGAAACAAAACAAAGAAGAUGCUUGGAUUGAGGAUGAUGUCUGGAGAAUGGAAAUUUAUGUCUCUCUAGGAAUUUUGGGUCUUGCAAUUCUUGCUAUUUUGGCUGUGACUUCAGUUCCUUCCAUCAGCAAUUCAUUAAAUUGGAGAGAAUUCCAGUGUAUCCAGUCAAAGAUGGGAUAUGGUGCAUUAUUCCUGUGCACUUUUCAUGCUCUGGUAUAUGCCUGGAGAAAGUGGGUGGAGCUCAAGUACUUCGUCUGGUAUACACCUCCAACAUUUAUUAUUGCAGUUUUUCUACCCAUUAUAGUUUUGCUUUGCAAAACAGUAUUACUGUUCCCCUGUCUUGCAAGAAGGUUAGGUAGAAUCCGACGAGGAUGGGAAUGGAAAUCAAGAUAUAACAUGGAAUCUAAUCUUAAUAUUGAUGCCAUGGACGAUCAGGCUACUGCUGAAAGAUUAACCAGUAUAGCAGAAGAUCACUAAUAACCUCAGUGCAAAGAACAAAUCUUGCAAUUGGAUAUUAUGAUACAUGUACAGUAAGUGUUUGUCUUUGUGGACAGCAAAGAAGUCCCUGCAUUCUGGACUGGUUUCUUCUUGUUAAACAUUUCCUAAUGGAUCAUUUAAAGGUAGAAAGCUUUUGUUCCGGUAUGAUGAAAGAACAAUAAUACAAAAGGAAACUUGUUUCCUUUCCUUUCAAAAUUUGAGAAAACUAACCAAUUAUUUUAAAAUAUUUAGUCAGCACACAUGCUGAUCAAUGAAAUGUUACAAAUUUUAGCAUUGUCCUUUACAUAUCCAAAUAAGAAAUAUCCUGUUUUACUGGCCAAUAUUGAAACUUUGCAUGUGAUUGAUCAUGAAAUAGAAUAAUUCCCAAGGAAAACACCAGAAAAUAAAUGAUUUCUUUGGAGAUUUUAGUCACUUCACAUAUGGACCCAUAAACAAAAUGAGAUAUUUUGGGGGCUUAAAAAGCUCUGCUCUAUCUAUCAAAGCUACCGUGUUGAGACAUAGUGAUCAUACGUUUAACAUUUUCUUCUUCUAAACUGCCUUUGACAAAAAAAUUGUCCUGAACAUAGUGUUCCAUAUUCAUUUUCUUUCCUGACAUUGUCAAUCAAUAUGUGGUAUUCAAGUUCACUUGUAUUUUAUAGUUGUGCAGCAUCAAAGGGAAUGUUGUGCAACUGGCUAUUCAAAAAGACUUUUUACUGAGCAAUUUCAGUGUGUUUUUUUUUCUAUUUUAAGUUAGCAGAAGUUGAACAAGACUGAUUCAUGGCAUUUAUCAGAUAUACACAGCAUUAAAUUAAACAAAGAACUACAGAUGCUGGAUAGCUGAAACAAAAACAGAAAUUGCUGACAAAACGUAGCUGAUCUGACAGCAUCUCUAGUUAGAAAGCACAGCUAACUUGUCCUUCACAUCCAUCUGGAAGAACAAGUUAUAAAGAGUCACCUGACUCAAAACAUUAACUGUGCUUUCUCCCCAUAGAUGUUGCCAGACCUGCAGAGUUUCACCAGCAGUUUGUUUUUGUACAUAGCCUUAAAUACCACUGUACUAGCAUCUGGUCCUUUAAGUUGACCUUGAUGUGGAAUUCCAACUGGGUGGUAAUUGUCGACAAAAUAGCUAUUUUUUAAAUUGUCCUUGCAUUUAUUGACUUAAUUGAUAAUGGUAAAAGACACUAAAUCAUCUCCAAAUAAAAUAAUAAAAACAUUUCAUCAUUUGUUGAAAUGGCUGCAACAAACAAAUUGGGUUUAUUAUUUAAACUAUUGACUGUGCAUUCUGUAUUAAAUGUUUCUCUCAAUGAUUAUAUUUACUUGUAAAAUGGGCAAGAGUCUGCAUACAUAAUAUAUUUAUUUUUGUAUCAUUUACUCUAAGCUUACAUGCUUUUUAACUGUAAAAGUACAUUGUAUGAUACUCCUGUAGAAUAGGUAGUUACUAGAUUAAUGAUCUAGAGAGGCAAGUUCAAAAUGCACAAUGAAUUCAGUUAAUUAAACACCUGUGGAGUAUGCAACUAUUUGACUGUCCUUCAGAAACUAACAGCUUUACUUUUUUAAAGAAAAUAAAUCUGUCAUCUUUA